AGGGUAAAUCAUCAAGCAGCACAACGCAAGUACGAUAUGUUGCUACAACCUCCAGACCUGUGUCUAAAAUACAGUUAAACAAUCAUAAAGACUCUAGUGGUGGUGUAAAGUUAAAUGUAGCCGGCACACAGUCUGGAUUGCGGAGACCGUCUAGUCAAACAGGGGUCAUCACCAAUGGUGAACCCAGGAAGAAAACACUGAGAGAGAUGUUAGCAGGCAUCCCUGGUUUUAGUAUGAAGCCAAGGAAGCGCACUAACAAGAAGUUAAGUCAUGCAGCACAGAUUGCCCAAACUAUGGAGGGAUGUAUAGAUCUAGAAACUCCAGACUCAAUACUGGUUAACACAAACCUUCGGGGUUUAUUGACAAAACACACCUUUAACUCUCUGCCGGCAAAUUAUCAAUACAAGUUGAUUACAUUGUUGCCAGAGUGUGAUAGAAUUGUUGGGAAGGACAGUGCCCUCAGGUUGAGCAGUACCGCUCUUAAUAAUGAGUUUUUUGCUAAAGCUUGUACAGAAUGGAGAGAAAGGCUGUCAGAAGGUGAGUUUACACCAGAAAGUCAGCAACGAUUGAAACAAGAGGAGGAGAAGGAGCAAGUGAAGCUGGACCCCUGGAAGGCAAAGCAUUUUGAGCCUGUUUGGGGUCAAAAAUGUAUCUCUGAUGUUCCAAAAGCUGAUGAUAUUCAUCAAUCAUCUAGCGGAGAUUCACCAACUGUGACAUCACAUCCUGUAAGGGUAUCGUCAGUGAAGAAGUCAACUCUUGUAUCAACCAUGCUUAAGCAAAGAUCUAUACAUCAAACUGUACAGGGCUAUAGCACCUCGGGUAGUCUUGUUUCACGCUCAGAAAUGGGAUUAUUAAUGAAAUUACAAACAUCUAAAUCUCAGACACCUGGUAGUGAGCAAGGAAUUGUGCAGGCUAGUGCUAUUAAAAGACCUGUUUUAAGUCAAGAUGAAGAUAGUAAUUCCUCUGUUAGUCCACCAAAGCGGCAAAAAGUUGUUCUAACUCAGAAACAGAUACAAGCGCAGGCUCAGGCAAAAACAUUAGCUCAAAUUCGAGCACAAACGCAAGUCGCGCGCAUGCAGAAAUCGGAGGGUAAAAUGAUCGGAAAAGUCACUAGUAAUUAUAUACCAUCAGUUGUUUCACAGACAAUUUCCCCAGGAACAGAACCUCAUACUAAGCCUAUUGUUGUGAAUGUAUCGACACCCGUUACAGGGUCUGGUCUGAGGUCACCAACUCGAACUCUUGCUCAAAUUAAAUCUCAGACACAGGCAGCAAAAGCAAAAGUUCAAGGUCAGACCAGAACACUUGCUCAAAUUAAAGCAGAGACCAAAGCUCAUGUCCAUGUCCAUCAACAGCAAGUGGAGGCCCAAGCCAAACUUCAUGCACAUUUGUUGGCAAAGGCCAGAGGAGGUCAUUCUCCAAAUGCACAGACUAUUGUUAGACCGCUUUCAAGUAUUGUUGUCCCCACUCAAGGACGGCCUAAGCAGACCAAAGUAAUAGACAUAGAAAAGACUGCCGAUGGUGUGAAUUUGAAAAGAUCGCUUGAAAUUUGUGAACAAGCAAAGAUAAUGAGUCAGAAAUAUUCAAUGCCCAAUGUGUCAAUGCUACAGAAACCCCAAGUUCACACUGUUGUUAAACCAGUUACAAGUUUGUCAAAGUCAAGCGCAAGUGAUAAUCUCUUUGGUUCAUAUUUAAAAGCUGAUAUUGCACAGGCACAUAAAACUGUGUCACAGAUUUUGCAAGAUAAAACUUUAGCCGAGCAAAAAAUACAGAAAUUUACCCAAGCUGUUACUAAUGCUAGGAGCAAAACUCAAAAUGUAACGCAACCGAAAAUUAUGGAGGUUUCUGCUCCAGUGAUAACUAUACCUCCUACCUCAGUUCAAAAUGUGCCUAUCAUUUCAAAUGUGCCAACCGCAACGUUGAACACUUCAAAUGUCUCUUUUGUUGUGUUACCACCCCCUACAGUGACUCAAGCAACUGGGAUAUCCCCAGCUGUGUUUAGUGUUCCCUCAACACGAUAUGUAAUCAGUUCAACAGCAGCGGCCGCGCAGCAAAAUCUGCUCCAGCAGUUAAUACGUUCAGCUGCUGGGUCUCAAACCAAUGUACUUUCACAGCAACGAGCAGCAAGUGCUCCUCCACAGCAAAAAGUUGUGACACGGGUUGCAACGCCUGUAACCACUCUUGUUAGAUCUGCUAGUGUAGGAACAAGUGCGGGUUCAUUAGAGGAAAUGGACAAGUCUAAAACAAAUGCUUCGCAAAAAUCUUCAGUGCCUAGUGAUAUUAUACUGCAAAUACCUUCAGAUCAAGUGAAUUUUUUAGCGAAAGCGGGCACUGCUCUCAUUCCAGGAGUAAACGGGUCUAAAUCAGGCUCCCAGCAAGUGUUUUUGUCGUCAAGUGGUAACCAAGUCGUAAUUUCACCUACCGGAGGUGUCAUACACACUCCUGGUUUCAAUGGAAGCAGUGCCCAGACUGUGAAAGUAAUUCCGUCAAUAAGUGUAGAUAAAAAGGGUAAUCAAAUUUCAAACCAGUCUACAAAAGAAAACGUUUUAGUUGUAUCCCCUGAACAAUCUAUAAAUGGAAGUGUUAAAAGUACUGCAGUGCAAUCUUCGAACACGCUGACUUUGCAAGUAUCGAAAAGCGAGUCGUCUUCAUCGAAUUGUGCCUGCAAUUUGAAGGGGAUGAAAACAUGUACAAAAUGUGGGGCAUUCUGUCAUGAUGACUGUAUCGGCCCAUCUAAACUGUGUGUGACUUGUCUGAUUGCUACAUGAGAUUAUUUAUUACAAAAGUCAUUAUAUAGAUGUAUAAAUUAGGGAAAUUUUUAUGGGUUUUAAUAAGUAACAGGUGGAUAUCUUUGUUUAAUUCAAUCUUUAUUCCUAGAAUCUCCACCAUCGAAGCUGCCUUAACAUGUUAAGGCAUUUUCUCUUCUGUUUUUUGUGUGCACAUGUAAAGAAUAUCUUCUUACACUCAUAUGCAAAUAACUUGAAAAUCAUCAAAUGUUAUAAAUUGGCAAAAGC